AGUGUGUGUGUGUGUGUUUCUGUGUGUUGUAUGUGCUACAACUUUACUUAUUUAUGUUUUAUCUUAUAUCAUUUAUUUACAACGAGACGCAGCCAUCAGCUUGCAAAUGGUAAAAUUCUGAUUCAAGCUACUUUGAUUUCUGACCUUUUAGUGAUGUAUUAAAGGAACCAACAUAUGUGAUACUUCACGUUUCUUAAGGAAAUAUUUUUAUAUAGAUGUGGCAUCACCUGAAAAGACCGUGGAGUUGCAUUAUCGGGUUGGGUUGUCAGUUCAUCAUACUACCAGCCUUAGGUCUUGGACUGUGUAUUGGUCUCCAGUUGCCCCCAUACCAGUCCUUAGGCGUGUUAAUCCUCACUUGCAGCCCAGGAGGCGCCUUCUCUAACUUCUUCACUUACUGGGCAGAUGGUGACCUCGCCCUUAGCAUCAUGAUGACUGCAGUUUCCUCUAUGGUGGCAUUCGGUGCGAUGCCACUUAAUCUGUGGCUAUACACGCAACCCUGGACGGACCAAGAGUUGCGUGUACCGUACAUGAACAUUCUUCUAAGUCUGGCGUUUGUCACGACACCUGCUAUCGUUGGAAUGGUUGUCAGGCACUACAAUAGAAAGUGGGCCAAUUAUAUUUCUAAGGUUUGUGGUCUCCUUGGGUGGAUGGGCGCCAUAACAUGCGGUGUGAUGCUCAUCCUCAUGUACUGGGAUACCAUCAUUAACACUUCUAUCUUCCUUGCGAUCGCAGCAGCGGUUGUACCCUUUGCAGGAUUCAUCAUCGCGUAUUUCAUCACCAAAGUCGUUUGCUUUAAUCACAAAGUGUGCCGUACUGUUGCCAUAGAGACGUCAUGCCAGAACAUUGUGGUAGCUACCAAUGUUAUGCUGCUCUCCUUCCCUUCGCCUGAGAUCCGUGGACAGCUCGUGAUCUUCCCUGUACUAUACGGCCUCUGUCAGCUAGCUCAGAUGCUGACAGGGAUUGCCAUUUUCCAGGUGUGGGUGUUCAUGCAUCGACAUGAUGUCACUGAAGAGGCUAUCACAUCAGUGGUAGACAAUACGAUUCUCACCAGCAUACCCGUCCCUGCUCAUAAAGUAUCUCAAGUCAAAGAUCCGUGUAAGACUAGCAGUGACCUCUGUUGCAGGAAGCAGCGAGAUCAAAAACCUCCAAUGCAAUAUGAAUAUAACAGAAAUUCAUGUAAUGGAUAUCACGAUGAAGACAUAGCAUUUUUAGAGCCUGAGUUCAAGGCUGACUGCGGAAUGUGGACGACCCCUUACGAAGUGCUGAGUUCGAAGAUGUCUUCUCCCGCACACUACCAGUCGUUAAGCAACAAUAAGAACACAAGCUCAGUGCCUAGUCCGCAAAUCUUUACCUUCUCGCCAGAGCCGUCGACCAAGCCACGUUUUCAGAAUUACCAGAACUUCCUUGACGAGGAAGUAUUUAGUGAAGAUAGUGAUCUCCCGAAUAGCCCUACACCUAGCAACAAGGGAGUACCCAACAUGUUCCCUGUUACAGAAACGGACUUCUUAGCUGAACGAAAGGCAGAAAGUGCCUUAUGUAGAAACACAGUGCAAGAAGUCCAUGCAAUGGAAAAAACACCAAGUGAAGAUUUUGUGACACCUAAAUCACGGAAUUCUCCUAAAUCUCCGAGGAGUCUUUCAUCGCCAAGCCUAUCACGUACUUUUGCUUUUUAUCAUGGUGAUGUCCAAAUAGGUCAAACCCAACAGUUUAGCACCUUCGGAAGAAAAACAUGAAUGUUGUAUGGGUGUCGAAGGGAUACAUUCGUCUUUCUAAGUAGCUUUCUUAAUAAUAGAUAUUUACAGUACGUUCCUUUAGACUGUUUCUCUUUAUUCUAUUCUUAAAAGUAUUGUCAGGUAUAUUUACCUAUGUCCACACACACUCAGUGUUUCAUCAAUAAAUUUCAAUCAAUA